GAGCCUUCCCUGGGAAAGCAGAGUGCCUGCUGCAUUGCUCCAAACAGGCAAUCCUGCUUUUUGGGGCACCAGCCGUGGCUGGCCAGGGGGCACCGUAGUGCGAUGAACACCAGCGCCCGUCUACAUCAGCAGUCCCUCCAGGUGCUCAACACGAGCAGGAUGACUUCCCCAUGUUGGAAGCAGCUCUUCUCUCACUCACCACUCACCUCCAUCCACCGAAGCAGAGAUACGUUCCCAAAACCAGUCCCUCUGUAGGGCAAGAGGACGCCAGCGAGCCUCCGAGCUUGAAGACGCUGUUCGUGGCCCCCCUGUAAGCUCAAAGAUGCUCUCAGGGUCUCGCGGGUGCUGCGUGGGCUGCAGGCUCCGUCGCUCUCAUCUCUCAUCUCUUGCUGGCUGGGUAAAUCUUGCCUGACGGGGCAGGAAGAGGCACCGAGUGCAGCGAGGGGGAGGAGGUGCUGCCAGUUGGUAACCUCAGUGCUUCCUCCCGGCACCGAGCAAGGGCUGUGCUGGAGGAUGCUGCCCUGACCCCGCUGCUCGCCCCGCCAUGGCCGUGUCCCCCGGGGGGGUCCCCGCCGAGCUGCAAGAGGGCAUCGCCGCCUCCCUGGGGGCAAAGCAGAUCCUCCUGCUCAAGAGUGUGCAGCUGCAGGUGAAAUCCAAGUAUGACGACUUCAUUUUGGUGCUGACGCCCUGGAGAGCCUACGUGCUGCUGGCCGUGCUGCCGGUCAGGGUGCACAGCAGCUUCAGCUUCCUGGAGGUGAGGGACAUCACUGUGCGAGAGCCCAGCGUGGUUGUCAUAGAAACAGAUGCAUCCUCGUACGCCUUCCGGCUCAUGUCCUUCGAUGACUUGGAGCAAGUCGUUGUCCAUGUCACCAUGUCACUUAAGAAGGUCUUUCCAGACUCAUCCCCUGGGACGCUGCUCAAGAACUCACCCCCCAACCUGUACGAGAGGAUCCGGAUGGUCACGGACUCGCUGGAAGAGAUGCUGCAGAGCAACCAGGGGCCCUGUGGUGGCUUUUCGGAGACCUACGCUGCGUUAUGUGAUUACAAUGGCUUUGCCUUCCGUGAGGAGAUCCAGUGGGAUGUGGACAACAUCUACCACGGCCAAGACUGCAGGGAGUUCAACCUGCUGGACUUCAGCCACCUGGAGAGCCGGGACGUGGCGCUCAGCGUGGCCGCCUUGUCCUUCAACCUGUGGUUCACGAAGCUCUCCUGCAAGGACUUCAGGCUGAACCAGGAGAUCGCUGAGCAGCUGCUCUACAUGCUGAGCAAGUCGGUGAUGCUGGAGGAGCUGGUGCUGGAGAACAGUGGGCUGAGGGGUGACUUUGCUCAAAGGAUGGCCCAGGCACUCAGCAGACAUCCUGAGUCUGUCCUGCAUACCAUCAACCUCGCUGGCAACCAGCUGGAAGACAGAGGGAUAAUUGCCUUCAGCCGGCUCUUUGAGGAGAGACCCAGGGGCCUGCAGAGCCUCAACUUGGCCAGGACAAUGCUUACUGCUAAAGGGAUGAGCGCGCUGUGCCAGGCACUCGCAGCCAACGAAGCCACCAGCUCCUCUCUCAGGCACCUGGACCUCUCAGGAAACCCUGGCAGCCUGGCCAUGGAGGACACCAGUAGCUUGCAGAGCCUCCUGGGCCGGUGCAGCUCGCUCACACACCUCAGCCUGGCUGCCACUGACUGCUCUCUGGACACCCUCUUUGGGGCACUGGGCCAUGGAUGCUGUGCCAGCCUGGUCCAUCUGGAUCUCUCCAAAAACGUGUACUCACACCGAAGGGUGAAAACCAUCUCUCCCAGUGUCAAGCAGUUCUUCAGUCAGGCCUUUGCACUCAGGCACAUCUCCAUGGCGGGGACCAAGCUGCCUCCAGAUGCUGUCAGGGCUAUGCUGCAAGGACUGGCGUACAACAGCCACAUCAGUGACCUGCACCUGGAUCUUAGCAGCUGCGAGCUGAGGUCGGCAGGAGCUCAGGUCAUCCAGGACCUCAUUCCCGAUGCCACUGCCAUCAGCGACCUGGAUCUGUCAGACAACGGCUUUGACUCUGAUAUGGUGACACUGGUGCUGUCCAUUGGCAGAAGCAAGUCCAUCCGGCACGUCGCUUUGGGAAAAAACUUUAACAUCAAAUCCAAGGAUGGGCUGGUUGACGUCCUGCACCGCAUCGUCCAGCUAACCCAGGAGGAUGACUGUCCCCUCCAGUCCCUGUCUGUGGCCGAGUCACGCCUCAAGCUGGGCACCAACGUCCUGCUGAGCGCCCUGGGCAGCAACACCAGCCUGACCACACUGGACAUCAGCGGCAACGCCAUGGGGGACACCGGUGCCAAGAUGUUGGCCAAGGCUCUGCAGAUCAAUACGAAGCUCAGGACUGUGGUGUGGGACAGGAACAACACCACUGCCCUUGGACUCUUGGAGGUGGCUCAGGCUUUGGAGAGGAACUACACCCUCAAAUCCAUGCCCUUGCCAAUGAGCGACGUGGCACAGGCAUACCGGAGCAACCCUGAGAGGACAGAGGAGGCGGUGCACAAGCUCCAGUCCUGCUUGGCGAGGAACCAGACACGGCGCGCCCUGCCCACACAGACCUUCCGGCUGCAGCAGGGCAUCCUGACCUCCUCCUCUGAACAGAUGGUGAAUGAGAUCUGCUUGAGUGUGCAGAAACACGUUGACAUCCUGAGCUCCUGCCCGGGCAGGGAGAUGGAGGCAGACAUCCUCCAUGCUGAGGAAGCCAUCAGGAAUGCCAACCUGGCCGUCAGUAUCUUGCCCAUGUUGUAUGAAGCAGGGAAUGCCCCACACCAGAGCGGCAAGCUGCAGCACAAGCUGGAGUGCCUGGUGGAGGAAGCAUCGCAGACCUGUGGCCGGGAAAUCCAGGCCAUCAUGCAGGCGGUGCUGGACGCGGCGCAUAACCUGUGCCCACCCAUAGUGCAGAAGAGCGGGGCGAGGGACCAGCUGGUCAACGCCAUGUCGGAGCGCAUCCACCUCCAGGAGCACCUCAACCUCAGCGCCAUCCUGGACCAGAUGGUCACCGAUGUCUUCAGCAAGCUGAAGUGGGUGCUGUGCCUUUGGUUGGCACACUGGGGAUGGGGAUUGGAGAAACUCCAACAACGUGAUGCUCCAUUCUUGGAUCCAGUUUGGGAGUUUGGCCACGGGUGAUGUUCCUGCUGGAGCAUCACGGUGGGAGGGCUGUGGGCUCCAUCUCACCUUGCUGCACGGCGCCCCGUGGCAUCCCUGACACAUCUCUCCCUGCUCCCAGUGAGA